CAAAAAUCACAACUUAAUCAAAAAAGCCUACCAAAAUGCUUCUAUAAUUGCAAACACAAAUACAUAAUAUAUGGUGAUUCUGGUCGCCAUUUCUUAUCAUCAGUCUUGUUCAAAUUCCACUAAAUUGAAAGGUCCAUUUCUCUUUAUGAGGAACACCAACCCAAACAAUCAAGAACGAUUAGAAAGAUAUUGUGGAGUCUAACUAACCAUAGAAUGCUUCUUCUACUUUCUGCAAUUCCUCCACACUAUUCUUUGUCCAAUCCAACUUUUUUUUGCCCUAAUUCAAACCCCAUUAAUCAAAAUCAUAUUUACCCGAAACCCCAAAAUUGUUGUUUCAAAUGCUACUCUCAUUUCCCAUCACACCCAAAACCACCAUUUUUACCCACCUUCUCAACUUCUUGUUCUAGUUCUACUGCUACUUUGAGAUAUGUAAAUGACCCCGUUCUUGAGGAAGAAGGAGGGGAGUGGGUCCCUUCUGCUUCUGCUGUUGCUUCUGCUAUAAGAAAGGCUUCAUCUUCUCCUAUUGAAUUUACCCUUAAGAUUGAAAGGGACCCUAAAUCUCAAGGGAUUGUUCUUCCUAGCCCUGAUUUUCAAAGACUUUGUCUUGAUCAAUUGCAACUUUUUAGAAGAAUUGUUGACCCAAAUGCCAUUCUAUCUGUUUAUGUUAGGCCUGCUGGUAGCUAUGUUAUGGACCGGUUAGAGCUGCGACGUGUUAUCUUUUAUCCAACAGUGGAUGCGUCUGAAAUUAUCUUAUUCAUUGGUAAUUUUGAUAUUCCUGCUGGAUUGCGUGGCGCUGAAGCUACUCUUUCUAAUCUGCAAGCCGAGGCAAUACCUGAGUGUAGAGCUGUUGUAUUCCCGAUGGUCAAACACCCAUUUGUGGUUGGAUUUUUGGUUGCUGAGCUUCCCGGUGUUGAGCAUGGGAGGGGAUCUCAUGAUGCUUCGCAAUUUCCAUCUCCCGAAGAAUUAUAUUCGUUGCCCCCUAGUUUUGAUUUGAAGUCUCCAAAUACUCCUCUUGCCAGUGGAAAUCCAUUGACGUAUUUCAAUCUCUCUGCUGAUCAGAGAUUAAAUGCCAUAAACAUUUCUCGCUCCCUUGCUAUGGCUUAUGUCAUGGAUCAGAAAUCGAUGUUGCUUCAACAAUCAUCUUGGAAAAAUAACAUUCGUAUGAGUAAUCUCGUUGAGCAAAUACGCGGGCCAUUAUCGAGCUUACGGACUCUAUCUAAAAUGCUAUCUGUCCAGAUAAAAAGAAGUGAGAUUGCUCAUGACAUUGUAGAAGACUUAGUAGUUCAAGGUGAUCGUAUGCGUGACACCCUGCAACAGCUGCAGGAUGCUGUUCUCUUGACAAAGGCAAACAUAAUGAGGUUCAAUGAAGAAUCAUUGAAAAAGAUGGACGGCUCACAUGCUGAAUCUGAAAAGAGGAUAUUCAAAUUAGGAAAAGGCUUGUCAACUCAUGCUUCUGCUGAUAAAAAAAGAGACUUUGAUCAAAAACAUUCUCUACGACUAAAAGAUUUGGAGAUGCCAAUGCCACCGUUGGCACUAACACCUUUACGACAGCAUAGCAUCAGACCGUGUAAUGUUUCUGAUGUACUGGUGGAUUUGAUUGGAGCUGCACAGCCUCUUGCUCAAAACCAGAAGCGUGUUUUGGAAUUAAGUGAAUAUUCCCAUCACCUUCCAGUCGCUGUUGAAGAACCGGCUGUGCGACAGGCACUAGGAAAUCUAAUAGAGGGUGCACUAUUGCGCACACAUGUUGGGGGCAAAGUUGAAAUCGUCUCUGUUGGAGCACCUGCUGGUGGUGCUCUUGUUGUGAUUGACGAUGAUGGUCCUGAUAUGCACUACAUGACACAGAUGCAUUCCCUUACACCCUUUGGAGCUGAACUUUUUUCGGAGCAUAUGAUGGAGGACAACAUGACAUGGAACUUUGUCGCUGGCCUCACAGUUGCACGUGAGAUUCUCGAGAGCUACGGAUGUGUCCUACGUGUCAUCUCUCCUCGAAACGCAGAUGCUGCUCUUGGAUCAGGUGGGACUCGAGUGGAAGUUUGGUUUCCUUCUUCAACACCAUAUGAUCACAGCACUCCAGCUGAGGGUGCACAGUAAGGCGUAUUUUCUAUCAUUCAAAGAACCGUCUGAUGUAUAGUACUCAUCGUAUAAUGGUAUAUCAUAUCAUAUAUCGAUAUCGUUUAGAAAGCAGCAUUUGAAAUCGCAACCUGUAACUCUGUAAGUAUAAAAACCCACAUCCCCUGUUUGUCUUCAGAAGUUAGAUCAAUAUCAUAAGUCAUAAACAGAUGAGAGUGUAAAUUCAUUAAUUACAGAUAUUAAUACUUUUAGCCUGCUUAUAAUGAAACUAUUGUCCUUUCA